AUGAGCAAGGUGGCCCCAGAUGAACGACAAAGUAUUGAUGAGCAGAUCAUCCCCUUCAAGGGGAGAUCGCACCUCAAGCAAUAUCUCGAGUCAAAACCCCACAAGUGGGGAUACAAAGUAUUCACGAGAGCGAGUUCUUCUGGAAUCAUGCACGACUUCAUAAUCUACGAAGGAAAAGGAACGGCUUCGGAUAAUGGGUUCGGCAUCUCGGGGGAUAUUGUCAUCGAUCUGGUGAAAACUUUGCCACAACACGUAAACCACAAGUUGUUUUUUCGCCUCGUCGAUGAACUGAAGACUAAAGGGUUCCAUUGCAUAGGGACCGUGAGAGCAGACCGAACAGAAAAAUGUCCUGUUUCUUCUGACGCCGCCCUGAAAGCGCAGGGAAGAGGCUCCGUGGACUUCCGAAUGGAUGAAAAAACGGAGGUCGAAGUGAUAAAGUGGGUUGACAACAAUUGCGUGACACUAGUGUCCAGUUAUGCUGGAGUCCACCCAACUGACACGUGCAAGCGGUGGAACAGCAAAGACAAAUGCAUGGUUGACGUUUUACGCCCUCUUGCUGUCAAGGAGUAUAACACUUUUAUGGGCGGCGUCGACUUGGCAGACAUGCUCAUUGAGCUGUACCGCACAGAUCACAAAUCAAAAAAGUGGUACAUACGCAUAUUCUAUUGGAUCAUUGACGUGUCUAUUGUAAAUGGUUGGCUCCUGUACAAGCGACACUGCACGCAACUCUGCAUAAAAAGAAGGCUCUCUCUGCUCGCUUUCCGUGCUCAAAUCGCACAAGCCCUGGGACACGUGAAGGCCAAGCAUUUUAAGAGAAGGUACAUCGAUGACAACGUUAUACUUUUGAUGAACGUUAAGCAACGUGGGCGCGCUACGCGGUUCCAAAAAUCUACGAAACCGGCAGGGUGUCCCGUGAUUAUUAAACUCUUGUACAAAGCGUACGACUUACAUAAGUGCAACCGUCACCACACCCGCGCUGCCCCACCGGAGGACAAGGAAUACAGGGCGUAUAGAAUUGCUAGCACGACUACACACGCAGACAACCACUGCUUCUAG